AUGGAAAAGUAUACAAACCCAUCAACUAAACAGGACAUCACGUUAUUGGCUCUUGCAGAUGAAGGUCGUGUAGACCUUAAAAGUAUUAUUAUUCCCAUUUCUUACCUUCGACAAUACACCACUUGUGUUAUCCACCUUUUUGUCGAGAAAACCCUAUUUACUCAACAUGUUUCUUUUUUCAACGAAAUGCAACAGACGUUUGGUCUUGAAAUAGAAACAUUCACAAAAGGAAAUGUGUACAUUGCAAAUUAUCGCAUUAAACUCUACAGAGACUUUUUGAUCAAAAACAACUUCAAGUACAAUCGUGUUCUUCACUGUGAUGUUUCUGAUGUUUAUUUUCAGAUUGAUCCCUUUCAAUAUAUUGGAACAUUAGGGAAGUUGGUUGUAUUCAAGGAAGGGUGUGACGGCACCAAAUUACUAGAAGAUAGUAAGAACACUGAGUGGUAUAGACAAUGUUAUCCUAGUAUGGCACCCCUUACAAAAGACUCUGUAAUAAUCAAUGCUGGUGUAGUAAUGGGUAGUUCCACGUAUAUGUUAAAGUACUUUACGUUGAUAUGGGCUUUAAUGGAAAACAAUAAUAAGUGUGACAUUGCAGUCUUUGGGCCUGAUCAAGCUGUUGUCGAGUAUGCCUUCCACUCGGGACUUUUGAAUGAACUAAUCGAUCGACUCGAAUGUGGAUGUGUCUAUUGUGAUAAAGUGAAAAUGAAGAACAAUAUGUUAUUUGAUUCAAAUGGGUGUUUGAUGCCAUUUAUCCAUGGUAGACCACCAUAUUACCCACAAAGUAUUAUCACUCAAAACCUUGAGAAUUAUAAAGAAAUCACUCGUUUGGUGUAA